ACAGAUUUCUUCACCAACUACCGCCCCCCACAGACGCCUACACCUUCAAGCUUCCUGGAGCCCCCCAGCUUCGGCCCCAUGGCUGACCCGGUCCUCAGCAGUGGGAUCCUGGCCUCGGAGGUGCCCUCUGCCUGCUCGGGCAUGACCCACCUCUCAGGACAUAACCGCCUGCAGGCUCGGAGCAGCUGCCCUGGCCCUCUGGACUCCAGUGCCUUCCUGAGCUCUGAUUUCCUCCUUCCUGAAGACCCCAAGCCCAAGCUCCCACCCACUCCCGCACGCCCACCCCUCCUCCAAUACCCCAGCCCUGCCAAGGGGCUUGGCCUGGAGCCCUGUGCCCCACCCCCUUUCCCUCCCAUGGCUCCGCUGCCUGCUGUGCUGCAGGAAGAGCCUCUCUUCUCUCCCAGAUUCUCUUUCCCUCCUGUCCCUCCUGCCCCGGGAGUGUCCCCACCGUCUGCUCCCACAGCCUUCGCACCCACCCCCACACUGGGUCCAGGCCCUGCCCCCGCCCCCUUCCCCAUAGACCUUCUACCCUCGGGGUACUCGGAGCCCCCGUUCGGGCCUCACUUCACCGUUCCCCAAGGCACGCGGCCCAGAGGCAAGCCCCCUACCCAGUCCCCCAGGGGGCGGAGGCCCAGCCCCCCCACCUUGGCCUCUGCCACCGCCGGGGGCAACAACCCCUGCCUCGCACAGCUGCUCACAGCAGCCAAGCCUGAGCAAGCCCUGGAGCCUGCGCUUGUGUCCAGCGCCCUCCUCCGGUCCCCAGGGUCCCCGCAGGAGAUAGCCCCCGAGCUCCCCUGCACCUUCUUCCCCCCGACCCCGGCCCCUACACCGCCCCGAGCUCCUCCGGGCCCAGCCACAUUGGCCCCUCCCAGGCCCCUGGUUGUCCCCAAAGCGGAGCGGCUCUCGCCCCCAGCACCCAGCGGUGGUGAGCGGCGGCUGUCUGGGGAGCUCAACUCCCUGCCGGGCCCGGGGAAUCUGAGCAUGUGCAUCUCUUCCCCUCAACGCAUCCUAAGCCGGGGCCAUCCGGACAACAAGACCGAAAACCGGCGCAUCACACACAUCUCUGCGGAGCAGAAGCGGCGCUUCAACAUCAAGCUGGGGUUUGACACUCUGCACGGGUUGGUGAGCUCGCUCAGCACCCAGCCCAACCUCAAGAUGAGCAAAGCCACCACGCUGCAGAAGACGGCCGAGUACAUCGCCAUGCUGCAGCAGGAGCGAGCCGCCAAGCAGGAGGAGGCCCAGCAGCUCCGGGACCAGAUCGAGGAGCUCAAUGCCGCCAUCAACCUGUGCCAGCAGCAGCUGCCUGCUACGGGAGUGCCCAUCACACACCAGCGGUUUGACCAAAUGCGAGACAUGUUCGAUGACUAUGUCCGGACCCGCACGCUGCAUAACUGGAAGUUCUGGGUAUUCAGCAUCCUCAUCCGGCCUCUGUUCGAGUCCUUCAAUGGGAUGGUGUCUACGGCAAGCCUGCAGAGCCUCCGCCAGACCUCACUGGCCUGGCUGGACCAGUACUGCUCCCUGCCUGCUCUCCGACCAACUGUUCUGAACUCCCUACGCCAGCUGAGUACAUCUACCAGUAUCCUGACGGACCCGGACUGUAUACCCGAGCAAGCCACACGGGCAGUCACAGAGGGCACCCUUGGCAAAUCUUUAUAGUGCUGGCUGGACCGUGCUGCUCACUCAGCUGCCCUGGGGCUGCUCUCCCUGGGCCCUGUCCUCCUGCUCCGGGUCCUGGCUGUCAAGCAGGGUUUCUUCUGAUCUCCUGGGAGCCAAGAAGAACUGAGUUCCAGUCCCUGCUCUACUAUAGCAACAAUGCUGUGACCUGGGGAGCUCAUCCUCCCUCUUUGGACCUCCAUUUUCCAGUCUGCAAAAUGGGAACGGGGAAGCUUCAAGUAGCAGAGGAUCCAAGGCCUUAGCAGCUGUGGCGCUUGGGGGCCUAAGCUGGCAACUCAGGGAGUUUGCAAGAGGGAAGGGGACGAUGCUUCCUUGUCACUCCCCCCUGCUCCCCCCACAGGUCAGGCACAGGCCUCUGUUUCUAAGCCGGGAAGGAGAAAAGGAGGUUCCUUCUCUCUGCUCCUCCACUGGUAGCCUGGAGGGGCUGCAGGAUGGCAUCCCUGAGUGAGGCCAGGAAGGUCUGAUCCCAGAAGAGAGAAGGGCAGGGGGUGGCCAAGCCAGGGGAGGCAUCUGGUAUGUGUGUGGAUGAGUGUGUGUGGAUUUUGUAAAGAAUUCUUGACCAAUAAAAACAGAAACUGUCAGGGACUGUCAGAGUUUCUCGCUCUGGGAUGGAAAGAGAGCGGUUUGCAGUGGGAGGUGGCCUUGUAGAGGGCCUCGCUGGCCAUGAAGGGACCUUAGCUUGUUCUCUGAGCUGGAAGCUCCUGGAGGGUUUUGAGUGGAGGUGAAAGAAGAUCAGACAGAGUUUCUUAACAGGAUCCCUCUGGGGGCUGAGUUGUGAAUAGGCCACAGGGAGUCAAG